AUGUCACGUUCAGCAGCAGCCAACGCUGUACAGCCUGAUAACCAAAUCCACUCUCUCCCACUUGGCGAGCCCUCGAUCCAUGCUGUUCCGCGUCUCCUGGAUUCCGGCGGAGUCCCAAACGUUCUAUGGGGAAACUACCUUCUCACUGUCUAUGGAAUUCCGUCGCUAAGUAAUGUCCGUGAUGGGUGGCCUGCCGUAACUUCGUUGAGGAACCGUGGGACUGACAUUUUGCAGGAUGCUUCGUUUGCAGUACCCGAUGAUAAGAUACCCCGAGCGCGAAAGCUCCUCAACAGCGCUGCCGGUUUAGUCUCCUGCACGGACCAGAACUGUAUCAUUGUUACAAUUCGAUCUCGUCCUCCUCCCAUCAACCAUUUCCACUUGGACACAGAAGACACGCAUAUCUAUCUAUACCCGCUGUCCGAAGUUCUUCCAAACAUUCCCAGUAUCCCAGAUGCCGGCGACAAACUCAUCUCCGCGUCUGAACUUGGUUGCCUUCCUGAGUCAAUAAUAGGCUACGGCAAGGGUGCGUUUGCUCCAGAGUACACCUCCGUGCGUGUGCCUUCAAUAUCCUGCUUCCUGGAAGCCUGCCUCGUCAACUACGCACACCUUGCUCGAGGCAUCGAGGACAAUCCAGGAUGCUGCCAUGACCUCCACUACAUGAGCUGGGCAUCGUAUCUCGUACAAUACGUCCAUCCACGCGGGUACCUCAACCUUGACUUGCUUCAACCGGUGUUCAGAGACUUUAUGAUUAAUGGCUUUUUGGAAAAUAGUACUGCUGGAUUUGUGGCAGCGAGGGAGAAACUCAUUGCUUCUCUCUAA